GACCGAUGUUUGUGGUUCAGAAAGUAGACAUGCGUGUGACACAAGCGGCCAGACUCCAACCACAACUAUCUCUUUCUCACUGCCCCCACUCCUAUCGCGCGCGUUCCAGUAUAUCAUAGAGUUCAGUGGUUUAGACAUCUCGUUAUUACAUGGCGCUAGAGACCCUUUACUGACAGUGAGGGACACCGCGAACAACUCGAGCACGAUUCGGCGCGCAUAAACGCAAACGGUCGUUGAGCAAAGUUACGUACACGUAAAACCGUUUGCGCAUGCAAAUAUGCUCAAGUGUGUACGCGGUUUAAGGAGCAUGUGAAGCAUUAAAUCACUCCAGCCAAGCGGAGUAAAGAAAAAACGUCGAAUUGAAGAUCGACGAAAACUGACGAGAGUACAGUCAUAGAUAUAUUGAACAAUAUAUUGAAUAGACAUAUUGUCCAAUAUAUCUGUGGUACGCCAAGUGUGUUUGAUCUUGACUCUCCUAGUGGCCAAGCGCGUCGAGUUAAAUCGGACAAGUUUCUACUGUCGCCGGCCGCCUCGAUUGCCGGCAAUGAGCGCUUGCCUUCUCAAGUCCUCUAUGGGCCGCGCUCCGCGAUCGCUCUACGGGUAGACCGCGGUAGCAGACGACUUAACUACGUACGAUAUUACUACCUCGAAACGGUGGAGAUUAAAUGAUCAUAUCCGCCACACUAUGCAAACUUUGUUCUCAGUGGUUAGCGGGAAAAGUUGCACCAAAACGUUACCGGGAAUACGCGGAGUGUAUGAAUGCUAAAUAUUCAUAAUUCAGCUUUUAAGCCAGUCUCUUGUUUCAUACAAGAGUUUAUUUAUACUGCGACGCGGGAGCUCAAAAACGGAGUUAGUGAUAAAACAGAUCGUGGCCCAUGAGGGGAUCGAACCCGCGACCUUCGCGUUAUUAGCACGACGCUCUAACCAACUGAGCUAAUGGGCCAAUAUAUGGAAUGUCAAAAGCGAUCAAAUGGGAGAACGGAAAAUUGGAGAUAUUGGAUCAAAUUCUGUUGCCGGUUAUUUCCAAGUACGUGGCUGUCAAGGGUGUCGAGGAUGGCUGGAAGGUUAUCAACAAGAUGCAGGUGCGAGGAGCACCAGCAAUUGCCAUUGUUGGCUGCCUGAGUCUAGCUGUUGAAAUUCAGAAUGAGGAAUUCACUGACAAGAAGAGCCUUCGUCAAGAGAUUGAAGGCAAACUCAAUUAUUUGGUGUCCGCACGACCAACUGCAGUGAACAUGAAAAUAGCUGCUGAAGAUCUGAUUACUUUAUCAAAUCAAUUGAAAAAAGAUGAUUCGGUUUCUGCAGCUGACAUGAAAGAGAAGUUCCUAAAAGCAAUAGAUGCAAUGUUGGAAAAGGAUAUAACCGACAAUAUAGCAAUAGGACAUCAUGGAGCACAGGCCAUUCUCAAUAAUGGGGCAGGAGAUGGUCCGGUGAGGGUUCUCACACAUUGCAAUACCGGCAGUCUUGCAACUGCAGGGUACGGGACAGCCUUAGGUGUAAUUAGGACUUUGCAUAGCAAUAAGAAACUUGAGCAAGUUUAUUGUACGGAGACAAGGCCAUAUAAUCAAGGCGCUCGAUUGACAGCUUAUGAAUUAGUUCAUGAGAAAAUGCCUGCUAUUCUGAUAUGCGAUGAUAUGGUUGCAGCAUUAAUGAGAUCCAGAACCAUUUCUGCAGUUAUUGUAGGUGCUGAUCGAGUUGUGGCCAAUGGUGAUACUGCAAAUAAAAUAGGAACGUAUCAAAUUGCAGUUGUUGCUAAACACCAUGGCGUGCCCUUCUAUGUAGCUGCACCUUUAACUUCUGUCGACUUUACCAUUCCUAGUGGUGAUCGAAUUGUCAUUGAGGAGCGACCUGAAAGAGAGAUGACGCACAUAAAUGAUCAACGAGUAGCUGCUGCUGGUAUUCAGUGCUGGAAUCCAGCAUUUGACGUCACACCGGCCCAUCUCAUUACAGGCAUAAUUACAGAGAAGGGGGUCUACAGGCCUGACGAAUUAAACAAACUUAAUAUUUUGCAAAUACAAGAAGAUGACAGGCUUUAAACCAUCUGUACCUGCUGGAAUGCUUUCAAAUAAUCAUCACUGAAUGAUUAUAUUUCG